GGCCGAGCUGGACUGGAGUCCACCUCCACCUCCUCUCCCCCUUCCCUGCAGCGUACGGCGAUCACCACGCCAUCCCCGCAUCCUGCAGCCGCGCGGAACUCCGCCUUCUCCGAGCGGAAGCCGUAGACGUCGGCGGCAGCAGCAGCUUCCCGAUAGCUCUUCCUCCUCCUCCGCCGCCCCGCCGGCGCUGUUCCCUCUCCAGCUCUCCGCGCCCCCCCCCUCCCUCGCCUCCGAGAGUUGAUACUACAAUGCAACAUUUGAAGAUUUGAUUACUUUUUUGCUGCCCUGCUGGCCUCGUUUUGCAUGCUGGUGGUUCGUGGAAUCGAUGGCUUUCCGAGAGGAGAAAUAUGUGAGAUUUAAUGACUGGAGAUCAGAGCAUUCUGUUGGUUCAGACAAGACAGUUUCAGAAGGAAGGCAUAAUGUAUUUGACUCGCUAAUGGAUAGAACUGCAGGAGCCUUUUCAUUCCUAGGGAACUCUUCACAUUCUGAAACCCUCAACAAACCGACUUCUGAGGAAAAGAAGUCCAAAACAAGAGUUCUUGAUCCUCAAGGACCAUUCUUACAGCGAUGGAACAAGAUAUUUGUUAUAUCAUGCCUUAUUGCAGUCUCUGUGGACCCAUUAUUCUUCUAUAUUCCGGUGGUCGAUGGUGACAAUAUCUGCUUGUAUCUGGAUAAAAAGUUGGAAGUUGUAGCAAGUGUCCUGCGCUUUUUUACAGAUAUAUUCUAUUUACUCCAUAUAAUAUUUCAGUUCAGGACAGGCUUUAUUGCUCCUUCUUCUAGAGUAUUUGGUCGAGGUGUCUUGGUUGAGGACACCUUUGCAAUAGCAAAGCGGUAUCUAUCAACAUAUUUUCUGAUAGAUUUCUUAGCUGUUCUGCCACUCCCUCAGGUGCUUGUAUUGGCAGUGCUACCUCGUCUGCAAGGUUCCUCAGUUAUGAUGGCCAAAAAUAUAUUAAUGAUUAUUGUUAUUUGCCAGUAUGUACCUCGGUUAAUUAGAAUAAUACCACUGUAUCUCCAAAUCACCAGAUCGGCUGGUAUAAUUACAGAGACAGCGUGGGCUGGUGCUGCAUUUAACCUUUUAAUUUAUAUGCUCGCUAGUCAUGUUCUUGGAGCUCUUUGGUACCUUCUUUCCAUUCAACGAGAAAACAGCUGUUGGAAAAAAGCAUGUAGCGGACAGCCUGGCUGUGAUCUUGGAUCAUUAUUUUGUGGGAGUAAUUCAUCUGGAAACAACAGUUUCUUACAAAUAAAUUGCCCAACAAAUGGAACUGACAACCCAGACCGAAAUUUUGGAAUUUAUCUUCCAGCUCUUCAAAAUGUGUCACAAUCGUCGAGUUUCUUUGAAAAAUUAUUCUAUUGCUUUUGGUGGGGUCUGCAAAAUCUGAGUUCUCUUGGUCAAAACCUCAAAACAAGCACUGAUACAUGGGAAAAUUUAUUUGCUGUUUUUGUCUCAACAUCAGGCCUAGUUUUAUUUGCACUCCUCAUUGGUAAUGUGCAGACCUAUCUACAAUCUGCCUCUGUGCGUAUAGAAGAAAUGAGAGUGAAACGGCGUGACACAGAGCAAUGGAUGGCACAUCGAUUACUUCCUGAGAACCUCAAGGACCGAAUACUGCGUCACGAACAAUAUAGGUGGCAAGAAACAAGAGGGGUUGAUGAAGAGGGGCUUCUUACAAAUCUUCCUAAGAAUCUUAGGAGAGAGAUAAAGCGUCAUCUUUGUCUGUCGCUUCUCAUGAGGGUUCCAAUGUUUGAAAACAUGGAUGAGAAGCUCCUGGAUGCCAUGUGUGAUCGUCUAAAGCCCAUACUGUACACAGAAGGCAGCUGCAUCAUUAACGAAGGAGACCCAGUGAAUGAAAUGCUCUUCAUCAUGCGAGGCAAUCUCGAGAGUAUGACUACAAAUGGUGGACAAACUGGCUUUUUCAACUCCAAUGUUCUCAAAGGUGGAGAUUUUUGUGGUGAAGAGCUUCUCACAUGGGCUCUUGACCCUACUUCAGCUUCAAACCUUCCCAGCUCAACCAGGACUGUGAAGACGCUGUCUGAAGUUGAAGCUUUUGCUUUGAGGGCUGAUGACCUGAAGUUUGUAGCCACCCAAUUUAGGAGACUCCACAGCAAACAACUGCAGCAUACAUUUCGAUUCUACUCACAGCAAUGGAGAACCUGGGCAGCUUGCUUUAUCCAGGCAGCUUGGCAUAGAUACUGCAGAAAGAAACUGGAGGAUUCUUUAUUUGAGAAGGAGAAGAGGUUGCAAGCGGCAAUUGUCAGUGAUGGUUCUAGUUCGCUCAGUCUUGGUGCGGCACUAUAUGCUUCUCGUUUUGCUGGUAACAUGAUGCGUAUCUUACGGAGGAAUGCCACCCGUAAGGCCCGCUUGCAGGAAAGAGUGCCUGUAAGAUUAUUACAAAAGCCUGCAGAACCAAACUUUUUCGCUGAAGAUCAGUAAUUUGUCCAUACUGUGCUAUGCGCUGACAUUGAUGCUUCAGCUGUAAAAGUUCUCGUCGCUCCUCUACUGAUCUACCAUUAUUCAGUAUAUGAUGAUUGGAUUCGUGUACAUAGAUAGACCAUUUGGUCUCAAGCCUUUUUAUUUAUACAAUAUAAUUCAAUUUAUCGUUGGAUCUUCACCUAUACAUGUAAUAUCUGUGUUGUACAUGGAACUCCCACAUUGUAUUCUUGUACUCCUGCCGCUGGCGAAUCCUUGAAAUGGAAAACUCUGUAAAUGUAACUGAUCAUAAGGACGUUAUAUGUAUGACAGACAUUUUUUUUCCCUUGAGCGCAAUGUAUGAU